CAACAGCCAAGUCAAAGAUACCCAACUUGAACAACAACAACAACAACAACAAUAGCAACAACAACAGCAACAGCAAUUUGAGUAAUUCGCAUUCUUCUACACCUCCCCCAGACACAAGCCGUCUUAGCAUGUUGGCCAGCAUGAACAGUGGCAAUGGACGUACCAGCGACGAGCAGCCAGCCAACAGCAAAGAUCAGCAGCAGCAGCAGCAGCAGCAGCACUUGGGUGGCAGCAAACGGAAUAAGCGUUCGCUUAGCUCCACACGCAUCGAGAAGGACAAAUGCGAUGAGUAUAAUACAAAAUUGCUGCGCAAGACGAGUGUUGCAGCUGCAGCUGCUGCAGCAACAGCAGCAGCGGCAGCAGCAGCAGCAGCAGCCGCUUCAACAAUGAGUAAAAGCAACAAUAACACCAACAGCAACAACAAUAAUACUAAUAAUAAUCAAAAUCUGAAUAGUAAUAAUAAUAAUAACAAUAGCGGCAGCAGCAGCAAAUACAACAGCAACAGCGGAACACCGACGGCCAGCCUUGGAGGUGGCAGUUUCAGGCUGUCGCGUCGAAUCUUUGCUGAAUCAGGUUCAUCAGCCUCAACCUCGGCCUCCAACUCUGGCAUACCGACACCGACGCAGCCGCCAACGUUGCCCUGGCAGCAGCAUCAUCCUCAUCACCCGCGUGUAUCCAGUCGCCUGACCACGGAGCGUGAGCAACAGCAGCAUCUGAAGCUGCGCAAGAAGAUUAGCUACUAAAUGGCAUAGCCUCAGGUAACUGCAGCAGCUGCUGCAAUUGUUAUUGUUAGCACCUAUUUUGUAAAACAAAUUUUUUAGUAUUAAUAGUAAAAUUUACACAUUCGAGACCCACAUAACUCA